AUUUCUACAUGUGGUGGCCGCCUUGUUUUGUUUUGUCCCUAUAGUACUCGAAGAAUCGUAUGGCGACCGUAGAAUCGCCUCUUAACACCGUACACCAAGCUUACCGCAGACUCACCCACUCUGAACUCGUUCUUUUCCUCAAGCUACGAAAUUUGCCCACCUCUGGCUCCGACGGCGAGCUUGCCUCUCGGCUCACCAACCACGAUUUUCAUCUCUAUCAUUUCCCAAAUGCCUCUGGCACUAUAUCUUCUUCAUCCAACUCGGCGUCCCUGCUCUUUCCAUAUCCACCGAAAAGGCAUCGUCCGUCUGGCAUUCCAGAUCUUCCAGUGGAGAUUUUGGCCGAUAUCAUGGACCACGUCGGCGACUGGGAGCUUUCAAGGGCUGUUGGAGUGCCCACGUCUAUUCCACGGCCAUUGGAGUGGUCUCGAGCGUCGUGCACUGACCACGCCAUGAUAACUGGCUCUCUUCCUCUCAUACGGGCCAUCGACCCAUCUGUCAAUCUGCCAACGAAGAUUGGUGCGGAUCUGGCUGUGCGGUUUGGCUACGUUCAUGUCCUUGAAUUCUUCCUAUCCCACCACCACAACAUCUUUCUCUCCAUCUUCAAAGGCGACCUCAUCCCUGUCAAAGCAUCACGUCAUGGUCGAAUCAACAUCCUCUCCUGGUGGAAACACGGCUUUGAACACCACCCUGAUCUCGUACCACCUCCGAAGCCUGGUUCCAUUGCAGAUGCAAUUGACGGAGCAUCUCGAAAUGGACAAAUUGCUUCCUUGGAUUGGUGGAUGCAAUGCGGCCAUCGCAUGGAGUAUACCGAGGCGGCACUGGAGUAUGCGAGCGCGAAGAAUCAGAUUGCGGUGCUUCAGUGGUGGAAAGAGCAGUACGAGCGUCAUGGAUUGCCUCUCAAAAUCGGCCGUGUAAUGGAUAUGGCAAGUACAGCAGGGCAUGUGGACGUCCUGGAGUGGUGGGCUACAUCUCAGUUGGAUCCCAAAUACGACCGACACGCUCUUCAACAUGCCAGUUGUCAUGGGAAGGUCGAAGUGCUGCAGUGGUGGCUUGGAAGCGGCCUGCCGUUAAUAUUCGACCAAGACGCGCUCACGGGAGCCACACGUCACAAUAGAUCCGAAGUUUUAGAGUGGUGGGACAAGUCGGGUCUUCCCAUCCAAUAUCGUAUGUGUGAUAUUGAAGAAGCCUUAGAAGACUCUAUUGGAGGUGGAGAGAAUGUAAGACUUUGGUGGAAGCAUAAAGGUGUCGAUUUCAACGCCAACGACAAAGAGUGGAUGAAGCUGCAAAAUCUCAAUUCUUAAAAGUGCCAAUUUUCCCCAGAUAUAUCUCAUCUGACACGUCUCUUCCAUCUAUUCCAUAUCUGUCCGCACAAUGUUUUCGACGCACGGUACUGUAUAACAGACAUUUUUACCAUCGGGCAGCAGCUACCCUCACUACUC